AUGCCUAAUAGAAAUUCAAUUUUAUUCAAUUACGACUACGCUGCUGAUUUUAUCCGUCGUCGUCCGUCAUUGAGAAGCAGGCAUAAAUCAUCAUUGACCACAGUUGCAACUUUAAGAUCUGUAAAUCAUACAAAGAAAUAUUUUCUUCGUAAAACUAAAAGAAUAAUUUUUACGCCAAUUAAAAAAGUCGUUAAAACAAUUGAUUAUCAACAACAACACGGAAGCCAUGGCAAUGAUGUCAACACCAGUCAUGGAAAUGACAUUAAUAACGCACCACGAACACAACCAAUUCCAACCACGUCAACCAGCAGUAAAUCUUCUACAGCAUCUGAUGAUGAUAAUCAUUCUAAUAGUUCCUCAUCGUCUUAUUCCACCCUUCGAAGAUACUCUAAAGCGAUGAAUCCAGUGAAUAUAGUAAGCGUAAUUAUUACAAAGAAAAAACAUGAUAAAAUCGUCGCGCCUCACACCAAAUUGUCUCAUCCUUCCCAAGAAGAAGUUGAAAAACGCGAAGCAGAACGAUUGAAAAAUGUUGAUGAAAAAACUGGAAAACCAAAAGAAGGUGGAUCUGCCGCUAGAGCUCAAACAGGCGCUACAACUACGUUGGAUGAAGUCAGACCCACUUCGAAACGAGUCUAUCAACAAUAA